AUCUAGAACCACACUCACAAUUGGCUGGGUGUAGCUCCGACGUCUGGCACACCAAUCCUGUGGUUGGAUGGAUCUUGUCUGAUUUCCAUGUCCUGGUCACCAAAAACUGAUGUCAUGCAAACCCCCAACCCUGUGUCCCGUUAGAUAUAAAAACAUCCCAUGACGUGACGUCUUUUCCCUCAAGACUUCUUAAUCGAAUUAUUCGGCGGAUUUGUCUCGUCGGAUUUGUUCAACAAUCAUAAUCUAUUAGAAAUGAAUAUCGAUAUCCCAAAUCUAGUCAAGAGCGCCGUCCCCGAGUCGGAAGGGAAGAAUGUCCAGAUCAUCUCGAACCACAGCACCAAUUACCGAGAUCCCAACUUUCUUUCAAAAGACUUUCCGCGGUCGGCACCCAAGUUGUACCUGACCGCGGAGGAUGAUGAAUUCGAUGCGUUGACCAUCGCCGAAUGGCGAGAGGAGGGCUUCGAUGUCGAAUAUAUCCCAAUGGGAGACGACAGGGAUGAGUAUCGGCGCAAGAUUCGAGACUUGAGCAGGAAGAAGAUGGCGCCUUGUGAAACUUUUGGGAUCAUCGCAUACGGCGACGCAGCGGGCCUCUGCCUCGAGCACUACCACAUCUUGGACAAUAACCCAGAGUUUAAGCUUGGCCUGCUCAUCGCCUACUACCCGACGGCGAUCCCAGACCCGCAAGGCCACUUCCCCAGCAGCAUCAAGGUCCUCGUACAUCUCGCCGCCGACGAGGAGGUCGGCGUCAUCACACAGUCCCAGAUGGUCGGCAUUCAGGGCAAGCGGCGCGUGAGACGCAAGAACUUCGGCAGUGGCAUCGGCACCGGGGGUACGCUGCGCCUUGCGUACCCGAGUUAUACGUACGAUGCCGAUGUGGGAUUUGCGGAACACGACUUGGACGAAUACGACAGGGUCUGCGCCGAGAUGGCGUGGACUCGGAGUUUGGAAAUGGCAAGGAAGGCGUUUGGGAAAGAUGCUGACUUGGGGCUUGCUGUGGAGGAGAAUGUAGAAGCAAAAUUCUUUAAUCGCAACGUCAAGGAAACCAUGGCAACUUUCACAACACACCAAAGUCCCCAUGUCACCCACAUCCCGACUCUAACAGGGGGCAUCGGGGCCGCCGAGCUUCAAAGGUUCUACUCGCAGUUUUUCGACAACCCACCGUCGAUGAGAAUAACCUUGUUGUCUCGAACCAUUGGGACUGAUCGCGUCGUCGACGAGAUGCACGUCCGGUUUAAGCAUACACAUGAAAUGCCAUGGAUUCUCCCCGGAGUCCCGCCCACAAACAAGAAGGUCGAGGUGCUGGUAGUCAGCAUCGUUACGAUCAGGGGAGGGAAGAUCUGCCAUGAACAUGUGUACUGGGAUCAAGCAAGUGUUUUACUUCAGAUUGGAUUGCUAGAGCCCAAGUUGGGGCCCGUGGUUUCGGGGAAAACCGGUGUUGAGAGGUUGCCAGUUGUCGGAAAGGAGGCAGCGAGAAGAGUGCUGAGAUGCUGGGACUCUGAAGAGGAAGGAGAGGCAGAUAACGAUUUAAUCCCGCAUUGGGAUGGUGCCGCUAGUAAUCAGUGAUGAGAAGAAGGGCUAGCCUGGAUGACCACCCCGUGCAGGUGGCUGUACUGAAUAUCUGGUCGGAGAUAUCUGUCUCUUCAUUGAUGCACUGGACGGGCACGACAGUCAUCACAGGGUUUCACAUAUCCGCGCGUUGUUCUGUAUUGAAGAGUUUAGCAAGAAUCCGGUCGUUCAAGGUCUGAAUAUCCUUAGCAUCCCGACUGGAGAAUAUUAUAUUCCGAUAAUGAUUUGAAGAGUUGCUGGUCUAAUAUAGCGCAGCUGUCUUGCCAUGCG